AUGAGCGACUUUGGUUCUUAUGGCGGCUCCGACGAGGAGUACGCCUCAGUGCGCAAGCACAACGCCUUGGUGGAGGCCGACUCGGACAGCUUCGAAAACUGGGAGAACCUCAUCAAGGCGUGCGAAACGCUCGACGGUGGUCUGAACCGCAAUUCCAGCCCCCAGGCGCUCGCCACGUUUCGCGACGCCUACAACCGAUUCCUCUCCAAAUUUCCUCUCCUUUUUGGCUACUGGAAGAAAUACGCCGACCUCGAAUUCAACAUCGCAGGACCCGAAUCUGCACAGAUGGUGUACGAAAAAGGAUGCGCCAGCAUCACCAAUUCUGUCGACUUGUGGACGGACUACUGCUCCUUCACCAUGGAAACGACUCACGAUCCACAUGUCGUCAGAGAACUGCUCGAGCGGGGAGCCUCAUUUGUUGGGCUAGACUUUUUGGCUCACCCCUUUUGGGACAAGUACAUUGAGUAUGAGGAGAGGCAGGAGGCGCAAGAUCGCGUUUUCGCGCUGCUGGCCCGCAUUGUCCGCAUUCCGAUGCACCAGUACGCACGCUACUAUGAGCGCUUCAGAGCGCUCGCCCACACAAGGCCGCUGACCGAGGUAGUGGAUGCAGAGACACUGGCCAAGUUUCAGGCCGAGAUUGCCGCCGAAUCGCCUGGUCAACGGCCAGAGCUUGAAGUGGAGCGUGAUGUGCGGGCCAAGAUGGACGGUAUGUACUUUGAAGUGUUUCAAUCUACGCAGAAUGAAGUUUCAAAGCGUUGGACAUACGAGUCAGAGAUCAAGCGGCCGUACUUUCACGUUACAGAGCUAGAUCAUGCUCAGUUAAGCAACUGGCGAAAAUAUCUCGACUUUGAGGAGGCUGAAGGCGAUUACAGCCGCAUCGUGUGCCUCUACGAGCGCUGUCUAACAACUUGCGCGUUCUACGAUGAAUUUUGGUUUCGCUACACAAGAUGGAUGUCUGCACAAGACGAAAAGGAGUCGGAGACGAGAAACAUUUUUAUACGUGCGGCUACCAUGUUCGUGCCAGUGAGUCGGCCAGGCAUCCGUCUGCAGUGGGCUUACUUUGAAGAGAGCACUGGCCGGGUGGGCGUCGCGGUUGCUAUUCACGAGGCCAUCCUGAUGAAGCUGCAGGACUGCAUCGAGGUGAUUGUGUCAUGGGCCAACAUGGAGCGCCGGCAAAACGGCGUCGACGCCGCGAUUCAAGUGUACAAGGACCAGAUUGAUGCGCCGACGGUGGACCUGUAUACCAAGGCGGCGCUGGUGGCUGAGUGGGCGCUUCUGGUGUGGCGCGGCAAGGGGUCCGCAGAGGACGCGCGCGCCAUUUACGUCAAGAACGUGCAGUGGUACGCGGAUAGCCGGCACUUUUGGGACAAGUGGUUCGAGUUUGAGCUCGGGCAGCAGGGGGCCGACGGGCAGAGCGCGCCGGACCAGGCGACGCGGGUGCAGCACAUCUUUGAGGAGCUCCGCUGCAAGAGCCGGUUGUCGGCGGCGUCUAAGAAGGAGCUGACGCAGGCGUACAUGAGCUACCUGGUGCAGCGGGGCGGUUCGGACGCGAUGAAGCGAUUCCUCGAGGUUGACCGGGUCAUGUUUGGCCCUGUAUCGGUGGCCGGCAAGGUCUCGGCGUCUGUGUCGUCGCAGUUGGCCAAGCAGAAUGGCACGGAAGCAUCACUGCAGCCGGCGGCGGGGGAGCUGGACGAGGUGAGCCGGCGCAAGGCCGAGACGCUGUGGCUCAAGUUUUAUGAGACGCAUUUUGAACCGCUGGUUGGUAUACCAGAAAAUUGCGAGAAGAAGGGCAUGUACGUUGGCGUUAUGGCUGUAGCUGAGCAGGCCCGGCGUGGCCAGGGAAAGCAGGGCGGCUAUAGUGUUUGGACUAUGCAAAUAGAAUUGAAUCAUGAGCGUCUUACAUGUGACGUGGAAAGCGAGUCAAACAACGAGUGA